CGCGCAAACCCGCCAGUCUGCGCGCAAGGCAGAGCCCCCCCCCCCUUCCGAGCCCAGCGCCCAGCCAAGGGACUUGGCUAUGGCUACGUCUAUUCUGGGGGAAGAGCCACGCUUCGGAACCACCCCCCUGGCCAUGCUGGCGGCCACCUGCAACAAGAUCGGCAACACCAGCCCGCUGACCACCCUGCCGGAGUCGAGCGCCUUCGCCAAGGGCAGCUUCCACCCGUGGAAGCGCUCCACGUCCAGCUGCAACCUGGGCUCCAGCCUGUCGGGCUUCGCGGUGGCCGGCAGCCGCGGCUCGGGGGCGCUGGGGGGCGGCGGCGGGGGGGGCAACAGCGCCUUCUGCCUGGCCUCCAGCUCGCCCACCUCGUCGGCCUUCAGCAGCGACUACAGCGGCCUCUUCUCCAACUCGGCGGCGGCGGCGGGGGUGUCCCCGCAGGAGGCGGGCGGGCAGUCGGCCUUCAUCUCCAAGGUGCACAGCUCGGCGGCCGAGAGCCUGUACCCGCGGGUGGGCAUGGCGCACCCCUACGAGUCGUGGUACAAGUCGGGCUUCCACUCCACGCUGGCGGCGGGCGAGGUGGCCAACGGCGCGGCCUCGCCCUGGUGGGACGUGCACGCCAACCCGGGCUCGUGGCUGGAGGUGCCGGGCCCGGCGGCGGCGGCGGCGGCGGCGGCGGGGGGGCUGCAGGGCUCGCUGCACUCGGCCGCCCCGCAGGCCGCCCUCCACUCGCAGCUGGGCGCCUACAACGCCGCCGACUUCGGCUCGCUCAGCCACUCGGCCUUCAGCUCCACGGGGCUGGGCUCCACGGCCGCCGCCGCCGCCGCCUCGCACCUGCUCUCGGGCAGCCCGCACCUGCUGGCCCAGGAGGGCUUCAAGCCCGUGCUGCCCGCCUACACGGACUCCAGCGCCGCCGUGGCCGCCGCCAGCGCCAUGAUCUCCGGGGCCGCCGCCGCCGCCGCCGCGGCCGGGGGCGGCUCGUCCCGCUCGGCCCGCCGCUACUCGGGCCGCGCCACCUGCGACUGCCCCAACUGCCAGGAGGCCGAGCGCCUGGGGCCGGCGGGGGCCAGCCUGCGCCGCAAGGGCCUGCACAGCUGCCACAUCCCCGGCUGCGGCAAGGUGUACGGCAAGACGUCGCACCUGAAGGCGCACCUGCGCUGGCACACGGGCGAGCGGCCCUUCGUGUGCAACUGGCUCUUCUGCGGCAAGCGCUUCACGCGCUCCGACGAGCUGCAGCGGCACCUGCGCACCCACACCGGCGAGAAGCGCUUCGCCUGCCCCGUCUGCAACAAGCGCUUCAUGCGCUCCGACCACCUCAGCAAGCACAUCAAGACCCACAGCGGCGGCGGCGGCGGCAAAAAGGGCAGCGACAGCGACACGGACGCCAGCAACCUCGAGACGCCCCGCUCCCAGUCGCCCGACCUCCUCCUCCACGAGCCGCGGCCCAAGGACUCCGCCGCCGGACCCAAUGACUCCUAG